GGGCUAUCUCGUUAGUAACAGAGUUGAGCCGAUAACUAGAUUUUUACAACAAAACGUAAUAGUAUGCGUUUUCAAAUCAUGAAUGAACUCCGUUAUCAAUCAAAAUUUGCACCUAAAAAUUGCUGACAUGAAGAAUUAAUUGUAUAAAAGCCUGAAUAAUUUCAUCAAUCGGCACACUCAAACGAAGAGUUGUCUUGAAGAUGUUGGCCAAGUUACUCCUAGUUUUUCUCGUCAGUUACGCUAGUGCUUCGCACUAUGCCUGGAAACCAAACACCGAAUACACCUACAGGGUUGCCGGUCGCACCCUCAGCGGUUUACCGGACCACGACCCCACGAUGACUGGAAUUCUCUUAAAAUCCGAACUUAAAAUCGUUCCUAAGACACCCGAAGUCCUCACCGCCAGACUCCAGCAAUCCCAAUACAGCAGAGUCCAAAUGAAAUUCAGGGACAGCUGGGAAGAACCGGUUCCAGAAUCUGAAUGCCAAUACAAACCUUUGGCAAUCUCCGAAGAGCCGUUCGAAAUCCACCUCCAAGAUGGCAUCAUCAAGGACGUCGUUGUUUCCAAGUCGUUGAAGAACUGGGAAGCUAACAUGAUCAAAUCAUUUGUCUCCCAAUUACAAUUGAACGUUAACGCUAAACAUCCGAUCGACAGCGAAAUCACCAUCUUACCGCACAAAAAGAACCCAGUUGGAGCUUACAAAGUUAUGGAAAAGACCGUUACUGGUGAAUUCGAAACCAUAUACACCAUGAAACCCGAACCAGACAACGUAUGGCCCGUCCUUGCCCAUGAAUCCCAAGAAGACUCUAACGAAAACAUCCUCAUCUCAAAAUCCAAAAACUUCACCAACCACGGUGCUUUCGUCGGCUACCACUUCGGUUUCGGCGAAAUGGAAACUUCAGAACCCAACACCGAUUCUAUGGGCAAUUUCAUGAACAGGACCUCCGUUUCCCACGCUGUCAUCUAUGGUGAUCUCGAAGACUACGUCAUCAAGGCCUCAAACACCUCCAACGUUGUCUCCUUCAGCCCCUUGUUCAAUAACGGCGAAUCUGGAAUUAUUGCCAGCAGAGUAUCUUUGGUUCUUAAGAACAUGCAACCCGGUAAAUGUUUCAAUAGCCUCUCCGAACCCGUCGAAGCCGGCCUUUUGUACAGAUACGACAACUCCCACGGAAACAACCAAGUUGAAUCCGCCCACAAACCAUACCAUGUUGCUGAUGAAGAAAGUACCUACAACAGACCAGGUUACCAAAGAUUGAACCAACUCCGCUCCAGAAAAUCUCAUGGACAAUACCACCUCGACCAAAGCAAACAAGAAUUAGAUCAACCAUCUUCCGCCAUGUCUUUCUACUCCAGCGGAUACCACGGCAAAUUCAUCAAAUACUCCGACAAAGUCAACAUUGCCGAAGAAGCUAAGAAAUUGGCACAAGAUUUUGGACAAGAUCUCCAACACCCCAAUGAACUCCCCAAGACCCAGCUGGGUAGCCGUGGUGUUAAGUACUCGACUGGCCAGUCUGGGGGUCACAGGUUCGAUUCCCGCCGUGGCACUGUUUACGGAAUACAAAUUGUGUUUAUGUGGUGAUGGUCUAUCCUUUGUUUCUUCUGUGUUGUCCAUCCCCUUUCUGUAAGGGAAUCAUAUCCUGAAAUAUUUAUAAAUAUACGCAGUAACUGGGCAAUAAAGACUAAGUUUCCAAAGCCCAAAUCCAUCCUUCCUAGUUUAUCAAAUCCAAUCCAA